AUGCUCGUCUCUUUGCAAACCACCUAUCGCACUCUCUCCAGGGAAAUGAACUUUGUGAUUUUUAGUCGAGGGUCGAAGAUCAAGUCGCAUUUGACGUUCAUGCAAGUAUAUGAGAUUCUAUAUGGUGGACUUUCAAAGCAGUUUUGGAGCUGUCACCCUCAAAACUCGUCGCCCAAUUUAGGCGAAGCUAGACGAAGAGGUUGUGCCCUAUGUCAGGACCCUGCCUUGCGCUAUGACGUGCGCGGCGUUGCCGCGGUCGACUCGCAGGUCAUAAGAGAACGUAGCUACGAAUAUACAAACUUUUUAUACGAAUCUCCAGACACAAAACACGAACUAAACGAACCGAAAACUAUGGAAAACAUUAAGGCGCCAGUCUGCGACAUGGCGCAUCGAGAAUAA